UAUACUGUACCCGCAACAACUGAUGUUGGGUAAGACUUAUAAAUAGCUGGACGAGGGGCCGCUAGCGGAGAUUAUGCUUGGGGUCCCCUGGGUAUCUUAGCCCUCUUUGUGUCUGACACGGCGCUUGCCGGCCGAAGUCCCGGGCUCAGUUCUCAACCCGGGACGAGCAGAGCAUACCCGGGUAAAUGGUCUGAAUACCUUCUGCUGGGUGAGGAGCCAAGGGCCAGGGAGAAGCAUUCAACCGUCGACGUUGUUAUAUAAGCCCUGUACACUGUUCAUUUCACAAGAUCUUGUUCAGCACAUCAGACUCUAGUCGACAGCAUUCUAGUCGACAGCACCGACCAUCACUUUAUUCCUCCUCUUCAAAUCCAUCAUCCAUCGUUCAUCAUGCCGCCCGCGUGGAUGGAAAAGUUCAUUACCCGCGCAGACGUAACUCCGGACGCACGCUUGAGCAGCGGCGCCCGUCCAGCCGUGGAAGUCCACUACACCGCCCUCACAGGCGGCCACCGGCGCAUACUUCGUGUGGCGGGAGACACAACACCGCAGUGGCAGGUCGAGCGACAGGCCAAGCUCGGGGCAUGGGGCAGCAAGUGUAUCGUCACCCGCACCGGUCGGGGAGACAAGGAGACCGGAGAGUCAGCGUCGGAGGGCACGACGCUCGCCACGAUCGACUUCCACACCUUUUCGACGAAGCCGUACAUUGAGAUUGAGAGGACCCAGCAGCGCGACAUUGUUAAGCUCUACAUCAACACACAGGAGUUCGAUGCCAGCGAGUGCUCGCGUGGGAAGCUGGGCAUGCUGUGCCGUAAGGACACCGGUGCCCCCAUGAAAUUGUACGCCGGCGCGUCGUGGGAGAUGCGCGAAACGGGGGUGGCCGACGGCCUCGUCAUGUCGGCAGCCAUCGACGACAGCCAGAGCAACGGCAGCAUCCGGAUCUGGAGGGCUGGGCUAGACGAGCACGCGAUCGAGCAGCUCAUAAUCGUCGCCAUUGGGCAGAUUGAGCAUCACAAGUAUCUAACGAGGGUGGGAAAGAGGUCCUUUGUUGGGGUGGUGAUGACUUGAACCUGGUUGCCAGGCGUGCAAGGGGCAUUUUAGGCGAACAGUGGUCUGUCCCCGAAGGGCGCCGCUUUACCAAUGUACUAUAUCUGUGUCCUGGGAAGUGCCUAGGGCAACUGUGGUGACUGACUGGGCAGUUGGUGCUCUCUGAUACCGGAAGAGCUUUGUGUCCAAUAUAUAAACUUCCAUGUC